AUGAACAACGAUUCUCUUUCUCUGGAAACACGUGGGAGGAGGCUUCUCCCCAAUCUUAUUGACGAGAUAGCAUCAAGCGAUCCUACUCGCAUCUUUGCAUCAAUCCCAUUAUCAAACGAUCUUCAGGAUGGGUUUCGAGACAUCGAUUUUGCCGAUUUUGCCCGCUCUAUCAAUCAUUGCGCAUGGUGGAUUGAGAAAAAUUUAGGACGAAGCGAAACUUUCCAAACUUUGAACUACGUUGGACCUCAAGACCUGCGAUAUACUAUAUUACCAUUUGCUGCUAUUAAGACAGGAUACCAGGUGCUUUUUAUUUCGCCUCAAAAUAGCACAGAAGGUCACAUUGCACUUCUCGAGUCCUUGCAAUGCAAAAUCCUUCUAGUCUCAGAAGCAUUGCCUGCACGCGCCCAAGAUAUACUCUCCAGACGGAAGAUGCGGACUUUAGCGAUACCCAGCUUACAACAUCUACUCAACAACGACCUCAUAUCAUUCUACCCUUAUACGAAAACCUUUGAGCAAUCCAGACACGAACCAUUCAUCGUCCUCCACACAUCCGGUUCCACCGGCACCCAAAAACCCAUCAUCCUCACCCACGGAACCAUGUCCCAACACGACACGUUCCUCCUCCCCCCACCACCCAACGGCCAACCCAUCGCUCUCUCCCUCUACAAAAACGCACGAGUAUUCAUCGGACUCGGCCUCUUCCACAGCGCAGCCAUCUGUUUCAUGACCCUCUGCAUCUACUCCUCCACGAUCCUCGUUCUCCCCCCACCCAUCCCCAUGACGCCCACACUAGCCAACCUCGCCCACCUCCACGGAAACCUCAUCGCCAGUUUCCUAAGCCCAGCAAUCCUUGUCCCCAUCGCCAAAACCCCCGAAUAUCUCGUCAACAUCCGUAAAUUGCGCCAUCUACACUACGGAGGCGGUCCCCUCCCCAGAGAAAUCGGAAACGUGCUAAAGUCACACACCCACCUCUCCGUGCAGUUCGGAACCACCGAAUCAGGAUUUUCCGCCCUUCAAAUCACGGAUCCGGAUGAUUGGGAAUACAUGAGUUUUAGUCCCAUCAUGGGUAUCGAACUGCGUUUAUACACCGAAGGUCUCUAUCAAUUAUAUUUCGUGCGCGAUACCCAACUCGCGUUAUCGCAGGGGAUUUUCGCGACAUUUCCAGACCUUACUGAAUAUACUACUAAAGAUCUCUUUUCUAAACACCCCACCAAAGCAGGACUCUGGCUCUUCGAAGGCCGCUCUGACGAUAUAAUCGUGUGUUCGACAGGUCAAAAGAUUCAUCCGAUGAGUAUGGAGGGAUUAGUAAAUGCACAUCCCCUAGUAACAUCUGCGAUAAUGUGUGGACAAGGUAGAAUACAAGUUUGCUUACUGGUGGAAGUGAAGGAUACAUGCACACCGCGGGAUGAAAGGGAGAGGGAUGCGCUGAUAGAGGAUAUUUGGAGGACGGUAGAGAGGGGGAAUGAGAAGGAACAGGCGCAUGGGAGGAUUACGAGGGAAUUGAUUUUGUUGACGGAGGAGGGGAGGCCGAUGGUGAGGGCGGGGAAGGGGACGGUGCUGAGGGGCUUGACGGAGGAGAGGUAUAGGGCGGAGUUGGAUGCGGUGUAUUUGAGGUUUAGGGAUUGUCCGUUGGAAUGA